ACAAACAACAAUGCUGCAUCUACCACCGCAUUUAUUUGUGACUUAAAGUCUUCAAUCAUCGAUUCGACCAAGGCUUCCCAAAAAGUUAUCCCAACCAAAAGUCCAUUCACCAGACAUCGGAAUCUAAGAUCCACCAAACCUUGUUUAGUCGGAAUCUGAAAUUUUCCGAAACCUAAUUCUCCCAAUACUCGUAUAAUCCGAAUCUCCAUCUCUUUCUUCUUUCUCCAGGUUGUUUCAGUCUUCGAAGAUGGAAGCUGUUCCGGAUCAAGACACUAGUAUAUGCACUCACUGUGAUCGGGCUGUCCCUGUUGCAAAUAUUGACUUGCAUUAUGCUCAUUGCUCUCGGAAACUUGAAAAAUGCAAAAUCUGUGGUGAUAUGGUUCCCAGAAAAAAUGUGGAGGAUCAUUAUUUAAACACACAUGCACCGGUUUCUUGUUCAUUAUGCAAUGAGACAAUGGAGCGUGAUAUUUUAGAUAUCCAUAAAGGUGAAAAUUGCCCUCAAAGGAUUGUCACUUGUGAGUUCUGUGAGUUUCCAUUGCCAGCAAUUGAUCUGGCCGAGCAUCAGGAAGUAUGUGGGAAUCGAACAGAACUUUGUCACAUUUGUAACAAAUAUGUUAGACUUCGUGAAAGAUUCAGCCAUGAAGCCCGGUGCAAUGGCAUUAUCCAAGAUACUUCUGUGGGCUCUUCAAGGAAUGUGAGGGAAACCGAGGGAGAUCAAGGAGCUAGAAGAAGGCCGCAGAAUGACUUCUCAACUAAACGCCUUCUUUUCACUAUAGCCAUCACCGGUAUUGCUGUCAUACUGGGAUCUUUUUUUCUACAGAGGAAGGCAGAGCCCAGUGAUGUGCAUUAGCAACGAAACCAAAACCUUUUAGGAUCUUGCAUUUUCUGUACAAUUCAUUCCCCUGCACCAGAAGCCGUGUGAUAUAUACUUUUGCUAAUGUAGUAGAAGUGGAGAACACAUCGGCAUUGUCAUUAUAUAAAAUAUAUUUAGUUAUAUGCUUCAUUUUGUUGAAAAUAUUUCAAUAUUUCAGGAGAUUUUCUGUUCCUUUUUAUUCAUUCUGAUGGUAAUUUCUAGAAAUGGAACGCUCUGCUAAGAAUUCUGUUAAAGAAUCUUGACCAUGUGUGAAAGGUCAUUUGUCAUCUCUCUUUCUCUGAGUACUACAUAACAAGGAUCCAAAACAUGGCUGUUCAUUACAUUUGGAAGAUCUCCUUUGACAGAAUCAGAGAAAGAAAUAUACGACAGAAGAUGAUAAUCGUUAUGUACAGAAUAUAUAUUACUGUCGUUCUGUCGCUUCCCUUUCUUAUAUAUUACUGUACUGUUAGAAGUAGUUAAGUGGAUCGGUCCGUAUGUUAAACAGGUUGGAUAAGUCGUAUUUGUGAAAUAAAUUGUCUUUUUUA